AUGGCCGAGAAUGUGAGGGAUGAUGAGGACAAAAUGACACUGUUGUAUCGUCUGCUGGAACUGUUCGUGCAGCUAGGACAUGAAGGCAGAAAAGCUGGUGAAAAGUCAGCAAAAGUCAUGAAAGUUUCGACUGGAGCAGGCAAUUUGGGUGUUUUGAUACCAAAAAUUGCUUCGCUGUUGCGUCGAUCUACGACCAUACAUAGUCCACCUGUGCGACUGAGGAAUUUGUUUCGUGACUUCUGGUUUUAUUGCACUGUGCUUGGCUUCAACGUUGCCCGAAUAGGUCUAUGGCCGGAGGAGUGGUACGAAGCGGCUUGUGAAAUCGCCUGUAAAUCGCCUGUGCUAACACCCCAGGAAAGUCUGCGCGCCGAGCUGAUCGCAAAUACAACAAUUAAAAGUGAUGAUAUUUCAUUGGCGGAAUUGCAAGAAAUCCGGGCAACCGUGCUGUCAGAAAUCCAAUCUUCACCUGAUAUUGCAGCUGUUGUGAAUAAACUGGAAUUUGCGCACUGCAUCUAUCUGCUCUCAGUAUUUCGUGUCGAACUGAUGCGUGCGUUACACUCCAGCGAACCCGGUGCCGUACAUUCAAUAUUUCAGUACCUCGAAGAUAAGUAA